UUACGUGGGAGGGAGAGGGUCUUGUAGUAUAAGAAGAGCUGAGAUCAAAACUGAAAGUUUCAGAAGAGUGAAAGCACGCUGCUGCUUGAAAGACGAACACCACGUGUCUGUCGCCUGAACAAGACUAACUGGAUCCUCUGCUCUUGUAUACAUUUCGGCGCGGAGAUUGUUUACAGAGAAACUGUGUUCACUGAAAGACUCGACAGCUACACAUUUAAGGGCAAAGACUUAUCCCGAGGAUGCAGUUCAGCUUGAUUUUAACUUCUCUUUUAUGUUUCACAACAUGGAUGAACGUGGUCCAAGCAAUCAACUGUCCUUGUACCGCGGUCUCCGUCAAGAAAAUCCGAUAUUAUAAAAUUAAGACAUACACCUUUCAGGAGGAAGGCAAAUGUCCCUUCAGUGCAAUUGUGUUUCAGACAGUGGGCAGAAAGACCAUUUGCUACGACCUCAAAGAUGACUGGGCAAACCGUGUUAUUCUGCAGCUGAAGAAAAGCCAGAAUCAAAACACAUCAAAAGACUCAUCAUCAGAAUCAAAAUCACCAUCAGCCCCAGCAUCAGCACCAGGAUCACAACAAACAACAGCACCAAGAUCAGAGCAACCAUCUGCACCAGCAUUAGUACCAUCAAUGUCACCAAUAUCACCAAGAUCAGAACAAACAACAGCACCAAGAUCAGAGCAACCAUCUGCACCAGCAUUAGUACCAUCAAUGUCACCAAUAUCACCAAGAUCAGAACAAACAACAGCACCAGGAUCAGAGCUACAAUCUGCACCAGCAUUAGUACCAUCAAUGUCACCAAGAUCAGAACCAACAUCAGCACUGGAAUCAGAACCACCAUCAAGACCAGCAACUUCACCAAGCUCAGAACCAGCAACAGUGCCAUCAACACCAUCAAUAGCACUUGGAUCAGAACCACCAUCAACACCAUCAAUAGCACUUGGAUCAGAACCACCAUCAACACCAUCAGCAGCGCCAUCAGGCCCAGCAUCAUUAUCAGGAUCAGAACCAGCAUCAGAACUAACGUCAGCACCAUCAACCAAAACAUCAACCUCUUCAAAAGCACCAUCAACAAUUUUUAACCCAAUAUCUGCAAAAUCCUCUCCAAAUCCAACAUCAGCACCAAACACCACUUCCGAUGCCUCUGGUUCCAGGACAGCACUUCACCGUAUUCUAGCAACAUCCUCGACAACAAGAAGAGCAUCAACACAAAGACGUUUAACACUAAGGAAAUGACAAAACAAGGAAAUGAAGAACUGGCAGAGAAGAUGUACAUAGAAAUCUAAGUGGUCGCUGUCAGCAAAAUUACUUCAUAGACAUAUGGCAUGCAAUAUUUAAAUACAGUGGCUUUCAAUGCAUUGCACCUAAUGAACACAUAAAAUAAAUUCAGAAUGAAGGGUUGUGAUAUAUGUACGUUUGAUAUUUCUAUUUCUUUGUUUCUUCUUUGUAAUUUUAAUUCCUCAUUUAUUCAACUCCCAAAGAUUGUCUUAUAACUCCUCCUGUGGAUCAAAGCUUUAAUAGAACAGCUAUAUACUUGUAAAAUUAUGCUUUAUAUCUGGACUGUGUGCAUGUAAAGAUGAAUGACUAUUUAUAAUUUAUAUGUAAUGCAAAGAAGCUAUAAUUAUUCUCACUUAAA